AUGGAUUCAACUAUAAAUGAAUAUUGUACAAGAAUUACUAAUCAAAGAACAACAAUAUUAGCUGAACAACUUAAACCUUUAUUUGAUUUGAUUGUUAUUGAAUUAAAUAAUAAUAAUUCAACAAUUGAUGAUUAUUGUAAAAUAAUUGAUACAUUAAAAAAUAUUUAUGGUUCAAUCUUAAUCGAUCAAAUAAUUAUUAAUAAUGAAAUUUUUAAUCUAAUACAAAAUUUCUUAAUCAAUAUAUUAAAUAAAUGGUCUAAAGAUAAUAUUAUUUUAACUGAUAAAGAUGAAUAUUUAUUUCGAGAAAUAGUUGAUCUUUUUUUUAGAAUGAUAAAACAUUUAAGAAAAACAAAUCAAGUUUUAUCAUCAACCUUUAAAACAUGGUUUUUAAAUGAAUCAUUUUUCAAAACAAUAGCUUCAGUAUUAGAAGAUAUAUCUAUAAAUUCUCAUAAAUAUUUAGAUCAAAAUGAAAAUAUGAAAAGUUUAAGUGUAUUGAUAGAAUCAAUUCAAAAUUUUCAAGUUGGUAAUGAUCUUAUUCGAAAUAAUCCAAUUGUAUUAUUAUUAGUUGAUCCUAUAAUAAAAUGUCUUUGUUCUUCAAUUUAUUUUGAUACAUUAAAACAAAUUCAUAUUAAAUCAAUUGAUCGAAAUGCAUUUGAAGAUUUUAUACUUGGUACAUGUCCAUGUUAUUGUGCUUGGAAUAGAGGACAAGCUCAAAUAAUAAUAAUAAAUGCAUUAUGUUCAAAUAAUAUGUUAAAAUUUUAUCAAGAAAUAUAUGAUUUAUUUUUACCAACAAUCGAUGAUUGGGAAUAUGCAUUAAUGGAAUCAAUUUUUUAUAUGACAGCAUUAUUACGUUAUGUUGCUUUUUAUUCUACAACACGAGAAUAUUUAAAAACAAAUUUAAAAAUAAUUGAUUCAAUAUUAAUUAUAUUAAAUUCAAAUUGUUUAUUAGAUAAUAUAUUAAUAACAACUGAUUAUAAUUCAAAAACAAAUUUAACUGAUUCAGCUAUUUCAUUUAUAUUUAAUUUAACACAUGAUUUUGAUAUGUUAACAAUUAUUAAAGAAAAUUCAUUUUUUUCAAAAGAUAUAUUUCUUAAAUUAAAAAAUUCACAAGUUGAUCGUGUUAAAUUACAUGCUUUAAUGAUUUUAUCAAAAAUACUUAAUGAACAAGAUAUUUUAAAUCUAGAUCAUAUUGAUGAAUUAACAUCGAUUUUUAUUGAUUAUUUAUCUAGAGCUAUGGAUGAUCCAUGUCAUACUUUUCAAGAUGUUCCUAUUGAACAUUUAUUAACAUCUUUAAAAGCAUUUAUUCAACAUGAUGAAAUAAAAGAAGAAAUAGUAAAACAAAAUUAUUUUAGUUUAUUAAUAAAAUGUGUAACACAAAAAGAUCUUCAUAUUGGUUUAGUUUUACAAAUAUCAUUAGAAAUUAUUUGGUUAUUAACAUUUAAUAAUCAAAUUUUUCAUAUGUUAACAAAUAAUUAUGAAAAUUUUUUUAUUUAUUUAAAAAAUAUUCUUAUUAAUUCAAAAGAAGAAGGUGUUCAAGCAGCUACAAAAGGAAUUCUAUGGAAAUUAGAAAAUGAAUCUAAUCUUAAAAAGACAAUUAUUGAUUUACAUGAAAAUAAUAUUUCAAAUAAAAAAUAUGAUAUUAUGAUAAGUUAUAGUCAUUCAAAUAAAGAUUUAUGUCAUCAAAUUUAUCAAAAUUUAAUUAAUUUAAAAUAUAUUAUUUGGCUUGAUUUUGAAAAUAUGUAUGGAAGUACACUUCAAUCAAUGGCAGAAGCUAUUGAAUCAUCAGAUAUUAUUCUUAUUUGUAUGUCAAAUCCAUAUAAACAAAGUGCUUAUUGUCGAUCAGAAGCUGAAUAUGCAUAUACACGUCAACGCCAUAUUAUUCCAUUAGUUAUGGAAAAAAAAUAUCGACCUGAUGGAUGGUUAGGAUUUAUAUGUGCUUCAAAACUCUAUGUUGAUUUUACUAAAACUGAUUUUGAACAAGCAUUUCAAAAAUUAAUUUCACAAAUUCAAUUUCAUCGACAACAAACUUCAUCAGUUUCAUCAUCUUCAAUAAUGAAAUAUGAAAAGAACGAACCACUUAUUCAUGACGAUGUAAUUAAGCCAAAGAUUGAAAUUCAUCCAAAUAAUAUCGAGCAGAACUUUCAAAUUGAAGAACAAGACAGAGUUUCAAACGAUGAAAAUGAUUAUAAUUAUCGAUAUAUGGAAUGUUGGACGCAUGAAGAUAUUUUAAAUUUUCUUCGUGAUAAAAAUUUAGAACUUGUGAAACUUUUAUUUGAAAAUGAAAAACAAUUCGAUGGUCGUGCCUUAGUUAAAUUAUAUGAACGAUGUCAAUCGAAUAUUGAAUCAACUUAUCAAUUAUUAAAUACACAAUUAAAUUAUAAUCACAAUGAACAUUUAUCAUAUCUUACUUAUAUUCGUUUUCUUAGUGAACUACGAAAACAAUUGAAUCCAAUUGAUAUAAAAUAUUGUCUACGUUAUUUAAUUUGGAUUAUUUGGAAAAAAAUUCAUCAAAAACUCUUUUCAGAUGUCAAAUAA